AUACUGAUGAAUACAGACCGCCUGUUUGGAAAUCUUACUUGUAUCAGUUGCAACAGGAAGCUCCCCAUCCUAGAAGGAUAACGUGCACUCGUGAGGUAGAGAACAGACCCAAAUAUUAUGGAAGAGAAUUCCACGGGAUGAUCUCGAGGGAGGAAGCUGACCAAUUAUUAAGUGUUGCAGAGGGAAGCUAUCUCAUUCGUGAAAGCCAAAGGCAACCUGGAACCUACACUUUGGCCUUAAGAUUUGGAAGUCAAACCAGAAACUUCAGACUCUACUACGAUGGAAAGCACUUUGUUGGGGAGAAACGUUUUGAGUCCAUCCAUGACCUGGUGACAGAUGGAUUGAUUACUCUUUAUAUUGAAACGAAAGCAGCUGAAUACAUUGCCAAGAUGACAAUAAAUCCAAUUUAUGAACACAUAGGAUAUACAACUUUAAACAGAGAGCCAGCACACAAAAAACACAUGCCAACCCUGAGAGAUGAACAUGAUGGCAAAGAGUCUACAGGAGAGGAUGAGGUAGCAGAAAAGAGG